CACCGGCGGCAGCGACCGUCCGCCGCGCGCGAGGUUUUCGGCGUCCACGCGCGCGCGACCCCGCGCGCGACCCCGCGCGCGACCGCGAAGGAAACCCCGGCGUGCACGGCCGAGGGCGCGUGCACCGCGAAUCUCGAACGCCCUUCAGGGGUGCCAUCUUUUGAUCGUCGACGCGAACGCUCGUUCGUCCGACGCGAUGUCCUCGCUCGCGAUUCAACGCCUCGCGAUCGAGCGCAAGGCGUGGCGCAAAGACCAUCCGCACGGCUUCGUCGCGAGGCCCGUGAACGCGCGAGACGGCUCCGUGAACAUGCUCAUUUGGGAGUGCAAGAUCCCGGGGAAAGCGGGCACGCUGUGGGAAUCCGGGCUCUUCCCCGUCACGAUGUACUUCACCGAGGACUACCCGUCGAAACCGCCCAAGGUGUCUUUACCGGCCGGGUUCUUCCAUCCGAACGUGUACCCGUCCGGGAAGGUCUGCCUCUCCAUCUUAAACGAAGAGAAAGGCUGGAAGCCGUCCAUCACGGUGAAGCAGAUUCUCACGGGCGUGCAAGAGCUUUUAGACAACCCGAACAACGCCGACGCCGCGCAAGACGUCGCGUACAAGCUGUACAAGAAGUCCAAGGCGGAGUACAGCAAACGCGUGAGGAUCGAGGCGGCGCGGUACACGGAGACCGCGACCGGGGGGGCGGGCGGUGGGGGUGGCGGCACGAACGCGAACGACGCGGUCGUCAUCUUAUGAUAGACGCGCGACACGACGACGACAGCUGGCGAGAAGAGCGCGGCGAAACCAAAACGCGAAACAAAUAGUAGAUAGCACGCGUACUGUACCCCUCCUCGCGUCUUGUAAUAAGACACGCGAAGGACCGAGACG